UAAUUACUCAUUUUAGCGGCCAGGAUUGAACACUGCAUCUCCAAACAUGUAGCGGACUAGCACCGCAGCAGUCAACGUUUUGAAUUAUUUAGCUGUUGGAUUUCGGACACAGCGGAAAGCGAGGAAGAUGAGUCAAGAAAUCAAAGCCCCUCUCAUCCCGAAGAAUCAAACCUUCGAAUCUCAACCCCCCGACGUCGAGAACUCUCCGAUCGAGCAAGUCGCUCUCACGGUUCCGGUCACCGACGACCCCUCGCUCCCGACCUUCACGUUCCGAACGUGGAUUCUCGGAACGCUAGCAUGCGUCCUCCUCUCCUUCCUCAACCAGUUCUUCUGGUACCGUCGAGAGCCGCUCUCGAUCACGUCGAUAUCGGCUCAGAUCGCGGUGGUCCCGCUCGGCCACCUCAUGGCCUCGACGAUCACGCGCCGAGUGUUCUACAGGGGGCGCGCGUGGGAGUUCACGCUCAAUCCCGGCCCGUUCAACGUGAAAGAGCACGUGCUAAUCACGAUCUUCGCGAACUCCGGUGCUGGCAACGUGUACGCCAUCCACGUCGUUAGCGUCGUCAAGAUUUUCUACAAAAAAACCAUGACGUUUGUGGUGGCGUUGCUCGUAGUUUUUACGACGCAGGUGUUGGGCUUCGGGUGGGCCGGGCUGUUCCGGCGGUACUUGGUGGAGCCCGCUGCCAUGUGGUGGCCCCAGAAUCUCGUGCAAGUCUCGCUCUUCAGGGCACUACACGAGAAAGAGAAGAGGCCCAAGGGUGGGUUGACACGGAAUCAGUUCUUCCUCAUUGCCUUCAUCUGCAGCUUUGCUUACUAUGUCUUUCCGGGUUACCUAUUCCCGAUGUUAACGUCUCUUUCCUGGAUUUGCUGGAUAUUCCCUUCUUCUGUCCUUGCCCAACAGCUGGGUUCAGGACUCCACGGGCUUGGAAUUGGUGCUUUUGGAUUUGAUUGGUCCAGUAUAUCCUCUUACCUUGGAAGUCCGCUCGCCAGUCCAUGGUUUGCUACUGCCAACAUUGCUGCUGGUUUUCUGCUUGUCAUGUAUGUCAUUACCCCUAUAGCUUAUUGGCUUAAUGUCUACAAGGCCAAGACUUUUCCAAUAUUCUCAGAUGGGCUGUUCACGUCUACUGGCCAAAGCUACAAUAUCUCAGCUAUAAUAGAUGAAAACUUUCACCUUGACAUGGAUGCAUAUGAGCGCAAAGGCCCUCUCUAUCUCAGCACCUUCUUUGCUAUAUACUAUGGUGUCAAUUUUGCCUGCCUUGCCGCCACUAUUGUUCAUGUGUUCCUCUUCCAUGGAAGGGAAAUGUGGCAGCUAAGCAAGUCUGCCCUCCAAGAGAAGUCGAUGGAUGUGCACACAAAGCUCAUGAGAAAAUAUAAGCAAGUUCCUCAGUGGUGGUUCAUGUGCAUCCUUUUGGUUAACAUUGUGGCAACCAUAUUUACCUGCCAGUACUUCAACGAUCAACUCCAAUUGCCAUGGUGGGGCAUCUUGCUAGCAUGCUGUGUUGCCUUAUUUUUCACUCUUCCUGUUGGAGUCAUCGCUGCCACAACAAACCAGAUGCCAUCCUUGAAUGUGAUCACUGAGUAUAUUAUAGGGUAUCUCUAUCCAGGAUAUCCGGUUGCCAACAUAUGCUUUAAAGUGUAUGGCUACAUAAGUAUGAAACAGGCGAUCACGUUUCUAGAAGACUUUAAGCUAGGUCAUUACAUGAAAAUUCCUCCGAGAGCAAUGUUCAUGGCACAGGUUGUCGGUACUGUAGUAUCAGCAUUGGUACAUUUAGGAACGGCAUGGUGGCUUAUGGACAGCAUUCCAGACAUAUGUGACAGGGCAUUGCUUCCAGCAGGCAGCCCGUGGACUUGCCCUGGCGAUCAUGUAUUCUAUGAUGCUUCCGUCAUCUGGGGUCUGAUUGGGCCUCGGAGAAUUUUUGGAGAUCUUGGUCACUACUCUGCCAUCAACUGGUUUUUCUUGGCUGGGGCUGUAGCUCCUCUUGUCGUUUGGCUCGCUCACAAGGCCUUCCCAGAAAAGCAUUGGAUUAGACUUAUCAGUAUGCCUGUGCUCUUAGGGGCAACAGUCAACAUGCCUCCUGCCACUGCUGUCAAUUACAGCAGCUGGAUUCUUAUUGGGUUUGCCUCGGGCUUUAUUGUUUAUAGGUACUAUCGUGGUUGGUGGAGUCGCCACAACUAUGUGCUAUCUGGGUCACUUGAUGCUGGAUUAGCCUUCAUGGGAGUAUUGUUAUACUUGUGUUUGGGGAUGCAACACGUUAGACUGAACUGGUGGGGGGCUGAUUCAGAUGGAUGUUCGUUGGCUUCUUGUCCAACAGCCAAAGGGGUCAUAGUCAAAGGCUGCCCAGUUCUCUGAUUGAAUUUGUGUCUAUAUCAAUUGCAUCUUCACUAAGCCCGAAGCUCUCACUGCGUGCCUAUUGAAGAACGAGUAAGCGAUUCAUGGAUAGUGGCUUGGUUAUGGGAACCCAUUGGAGUCGUAGUAAAACCAAGUCUUUAUAGGGUAAUUGUUGGUGCUUAUGGACCGAGCCGGGCGAAACUAAAUGGAGGUUUGAAUUGACUAAUGUUGAAGAAUCUGCGAAUGAGUUGUUGUUCGAGAAGAAAUGCCACUCAUGGAGAAAACGAAAAUAAAUUAUAAUUGUGUUUAUGAUUCUUGAGUAAUAUUAGGGAUCAUAUUUUUAUAUCAUUUUUAUUUUUUCAAAUAGAUGUGGCUUUUAAAAUCAUUAUUGAAUUUGAAAGGAAUUGCUAUUGAAUUUUGAAUCAAUGGUAAUUUUAAGUCACAUAAACUUUGGAAAGAUAAAAAGAGGAUAAAAAAAUAGUCUCUAACGUUACUCGUGAUUCUUUGAUCGUCAGUGUGUAUAUUCUUUUAGGAAUUUUUUAUGUAUAUUCUAAGCAAUGUUGAAUGGCAAAUAAACUGUGAUUGACAUGAAGCAGAGCUUUCUGCUUUAGACCAUGAUUAUGCUAUACAAUUUAAAGUCAUGGUCAUGUUUGUGACUAGUUGUCCCUCAA